UGUUUCCUAGCAGGGAGCAGCAAGAAUCUGUAGGCGAAGCCUGGCUCAUUUACUGGACUGAGCUCUCCUGCGUGUGCUCCCGAAUGGAAACAAAUCGAGGGCUGUCUCUGAAGCAAACAGCCAGCUGCCUGCACAAACCCCAGCUGGAAAUCUGGCCGAAGAUGAACGUGGUGCACGCUCUGCGCUCGGAGCACCUGGCUGCGCCGCGAGUGGAGGCGAUGGAGCGGCCGAACCUGCGGGCUGUGGAUCAGCUGAGCCCAGAGAUCAAGAUGGAGAAAUACGUCCUGCUGAGCCUAGAUGGGAAGCUGCUGGGGCCAGAACUGAGCCGGAUCCGGAGUGAGAUGGCUCUGCCCCUGGAGCGCCUGGAUGUGGAGCUGCCCCAGGAGCUGCCGAAAGGCUACCUCUCCCACAAGCGUCGCUCCCUGCCUGCCUUCCCCUUCUCUCCUGCCAAGAGCCCCUGCAGCUCUCCAGGCCUCAGGAGCCCCAGGAGGAGCACAGAAGCGCUGUGUGUUGGCCACUUCCCCAUGGGGCUCAGUCAGCUUGUGACCGGGAUGCAGAGUCCUGGGCUGCGAGCCCCUGUGUCGCCCUCUCCUCGGGGUGCGAGAAGUCUGGCUGCACAGCCCAGGGUAACCCCAGGCAAGGUCACUGGCAGCAAGACCAAGGCAGGUGAAGCCGUGUGCCGCAGCCAUGGGCCCCGGAUGCAGCCGGAGUCUGACAGGAAGCAGCAACAGACACAGGGCGGAAAAGGGGCCUGCUAGGAAUGACUGGUGGGGCAGGGGGUGGUGGAGGGGGACGUGCCCUCUGGGAAUUGCUGGUGUCUCCAAGGGGUGGGGGUGGGGAUUGUACUUGGGAGCCAACUGUUUUACAAACCCAGCAGGGGCCAGGAGUCCUCCAGGCACCCCGGCCCUGCUUCCCCCCCUGCAGUUAAUGUGUGUAACCAAAGGGAUCCUAAAUAAAAGACUCUUCACUGUGAA